AUGAAGCCUUCUUGGCUGCGGCUGACGCUAGCUGCCGCGGUCACAAUACUGCUAGCCACGCGUUCCGGCGAUGCCACCAAACUGAAUUAUCCGCGUGUUCUUUUACCAAUUUUCGACCACAUUUCCGUAAACUUUACGCUCGAGGUUGUUGAGAAAGGGUGCUUUAAAUGGACUUCGUCACGAUUAGAUCUUAUACAGAUAUCGCCCUCCUACGACGACAUCGAUGACGAUUGUUCCUACCGUGUGACGGUGACGGUGAUCAACAAGGAGAAGCACCGCAACACGGCCAUUGUGCUGGCGGAGGAUCUGGCCACCGGUGAGGUGCUCCGCUGUGACGUUAUUCUGGACGUGAUCGAUCAGCUCGGAGUGCUGACGACGACCCGCGAGCUGUACCUCGAGGAAGCACCGGAAACGUUUGAGCUGUGGGCUCAGGAUGCACAGGGCAACGCGUUUACGACGCUGGAGGGCAUUGAGUUUAACUGGCAGAUCGCUUCGCACAGGGCACAAGACAUACGUGGCGAUGACGGCGACAGCAGUUGGAGCCAAGUGUUGCGCUUUCUCACCUUCUCCGAGAGCAAAUUUCACGUUGUUCCGCGCGCUAUUGAGAAACUCGAGGUGGCCGGUGUCCAAGGGUACAUGGUGUUGUUGGAAGGCAUUAACACGGGUUCGGCUCGUGUCACGGCUCGUCUCCCGCACGCAGAAUAUUCGCACGUAGCACCGGUGGAUGUCAACAUUAUGGUGCUGGCCAAUCUAAUCCUCGAUCCGAGUGAUGUCUACAUUCUGGCCGGUGACACGAUCGAGUUUAAGGUGCUGCAGCUGAAGCAGGGUAAACUGCACGAGAUCGCUCUCAAUAGUCAGUACUAUCUGGAGAUGGAAGACGAACGGUACGCCAUGAUCAGUGGAAAUGAGGCACGGGGCUUGAAGAUCGGCAGGACGUUUGUGUUGCUCCGCGAUCGUAAUGUACCGCAUGGUGUGGCAAACGACGAAGCGAACGCCAAAGCAACAUUGCCGAAAGCUUCGCUAACUGUAGUCGAUGCGAAAAAGUUAACCAUCAACCUGCUGCCGCAUUACAAUUGGGUUACGGUCGAGGGCGAAAACCACGAGAUUGCUCUAAAUCUGUUCACGGCAGACGAUCAUCCGAUAACGCUCGGGCCACAGUACAAGAUUCACUCGACGGUGGACGAAUCCUUGUUCUAUCCGAUUCGGGUAACCGGCAACGGAAGCAGUAUCUUUGGUGAGACGAUCUCAACCGGCAGUAGUCCGGUGACGGGAAAGUUCGAAAAGCUCACCGCUAAGGCGUCGUUGAUCGUCUACAACCGUUUGGCGAUCAGUCCGUCGGAAGUAAUUCUGCCCUUCGAUCCGAACCUACGCCGCCAGAAGCUUCAGUUUACCGCGACCGGAGGCGAUGAUGCCUACAGCUGGUCUUCCCUCGAUCCGAGCGUUGUGCCUGUCACGCAAACCGGUUUGGCCGAAGCGCGGAUUGAUCAAGUAAAAGUACACGCCGAUCAGAACGCGGAUGAUCACGCUGCUGCAUCGAUCAAAGCGACGCAAGUGAAGGUGGCAAUGUCGAGAAAUGUACGAAUCUUUGCUUCGGCCCAGGUUGUGUUUCUGUCGCCAAUCCGGCUGGAAAUAGUGCGGUACAACUUCGAAACGGUGGUAAAAGAUUACGUUCGGCUGCACGUGGGACUGUGGGCGCAGCACAACGGGACCCAGAAACCGAUCACGACGUGCGAAAACCUUCACUUUGAACUGGAGUUCAGCUCGCAAAUCUUCACCGUCGUAGACAGUCCCGCAAACGCCGACGAGGAAGGUACCCAAGAACCGUUGGCAGGUGAUGCGUGCCGGAUACUGUACCUCCGCUCGACGAUGGUCGGUCAAACAAACUUGAAGAUCACGUACCGCUAUCAGGACCAACCGCUUACCGAUCAGGUCACAUUGAACGUUUUCGAGCGGCUGGCAAUCGAGAAUCCGAUGGAGAACGAGGUUGUGUUACCGAUCGGUUCGUCGAGAAACUUGUUCUACUACAACGGCCCCGAGCGGAUGUACAAUUCGGAAGCCGAAUUGCAGCGCCAACUGUUGUACGAUCUGAAAGGACUCGACGUAACGAUCGUUGGCAGUGGGUUCUCGAAAGACAAACACAUACUGCGAGUGCUUUGUAAGAAGCUUGGCGAUUACGAACUGAAGCUCGAGGUGUUCAACACACUGGGCGCCACGAAUGCUGUUCCGUACGUGGCCGAAUUUGUGACGAAGGUGUACUGCGUGAAGCCACGGUUCGUGAACUUGAUCACCGCGGACAAAGUGAAGAUGGGAUGUCCGCUUGAGCGCCGUAAUUCGAUGAUGCACGUAAAGAGCGACGAUAGCGAUGAAAUGGUGAUCGAUAUAGAGGUGUUGGAUGUACACAACCGACGAUUGGCUAACAUUUCUUCACUGCUGCUCGAGUGGCAGUUCUUCGCGAUGGAGCAGCAACAGCAAUCGGGAAGUGCUCAGCAAGAACAGGGAGAGGUACCAGUCACGCUGCCAUACGUACAAAACGGAGAGGUUGACCACUUGGAUGGUGUCGAAGUUCCGGUGCGUGACUACGUGACGCUCACGCUUCCCCGCCAGCUGGAUGUUAGUCUGAAGGUAAAAACGGUCGUUAGCGAUUACCGUGCGGAGGUGUUGAAGCGACACUCGAUAAGGCCGGAAAGCCCACCUUUCGGUGUGCAGAAGCAAAGCGGAACCGCGCUGGUUAAGCCUACGAUCGAAAACGAACUGAACUUCUUGGCCGUCAACCGAACGUUGCUGCCGUACGAUCGGUUAACGCUUUUCCUCACGAGCGACGCCGUAGAACGUAUCAAGAUUGUUCAGGGAAGCGGCUUCUACGACAUCAAGGCAUCGGAGGCCGGCAUCGUUUCAGCGCAGUUCGAAUCGACCACCCGUCAGCUAGUCAUUAGCCCGCGGAAGGCAGGCGAGGUGAAACUGGAGAUUACCGACCAAUGCCUAGCGACCGAGCCAAGCUUCCUCUACGUUUCGGUCGUGACGGUAGGCAAAAUCACGAUUCUUGCUCCGGAUCGGGUUGAAAAAACGAAAGUUAUCGAUGCCAUUGCACGGCUUUACGAUAGCAAUGAUCAGCCGUUGGACAUUAAACGAGAUCGGUUGGAGCUGUAUGAGCUGCGCACCGAGGUGUAUAAUCCCACGGUGCUGAGUGUCGCACACGGAUCACAGGCCAGUUUGGGUGUUGGUGAGGUGCGGUACGUCGUAACCGGAAUGGAACUGGGCGAUACGAAGUUUAGUGUCAGUUCCGGAAGUGGCAACAAGAAGGUGUCCAGUGCACCAGCCACGGUUCAGGUAUUUCCACCGUUGGUUCUACUGCCACGCAAUGCCACGAUCGUCGUGGGAAGUACGUUACAAAUCUACUCAAAAGGAGGGCCUACACCCGAUUCCAACAUUGUUUACAGUGUUCAACAGCACGACGUAAUUGAGGUUGAGUCGGGUGUAGUGUCCGGGUUACGCGUCGGCCGCUCGAAAGUAACCGGCCGUUGUGUGGGCACGAAUCCAACCACCGGAGCCGCGAUUGUUUUCUCCGAGGACACAAUCAACGUGAACGUUGUGCCGUUGGAUGCGAUCGAAUUGCGAGCGCCCCUGGCACGCAUCCAAACUGGAGCCGUAAUGCCUGCUUACGUGUGGGCCGUCCCUAGCAUUUCGCCACUCAUCCUUGGCACCGUUGAGGGAGUCAAUAUCCGUUGGUCAACGGAUCACACCGACAUUCUCGACAUCCGUGGUGUGUUCCAGGACAUCGGUGUGGAGUAUUUGGAGAAGGACGCGAUUGUUGUGCGCGUGCGAGCGUUGGCUCCGGGAAAGGCCACACUGCACGUGACUCUCGUAACCCCGAGCGGAAAGCAACUGAUGGCCAAAACGGACGUCACUGUGUUCCGGCUGCUGGAACUGGAAUCACCGAAAUCAUUCCGCUACGACUCGAUUCUGAUCCCGCCAAAAGCCACGAUACAACUCAAGGCGAAUCUGGACGAUGCUUUUUAUCAGCUGGAGAACGAGAGUGCCGCCAGUAGUGGGCUGGUGCAUGUUUCUCGUGAUGGGCUCGUAAAGAGUGGCGACACUGUCGGCAGGGUGCAGGUGAUUGCCUCUUGCCAGGAACAGUCGCUCACGAUCCCGCUCGAGGUGAAGCACGUGCAGUACGUAAUGAUAUCGUUGCAACCGGGGACGGUGAAGCUAAAGCAGGUCGAGCACAGCAUCCCGCAAGGGUUCGCCCUGACUCUGAAAGUGUCUAUGCACGACAGUUUGGGCAACGAGUUUUCCCACGGCCUCGAGGACGUCGCUUCGCUCAAGCAUCGACUGUCGAAGCGCGGCAACGUACUACUCAACACCGGCACCAACUACAGCGUGGCAUUGGAGCUGAUGCGUGAAACGGCCGAUAUGUUGGUGGUGGCACUGCGUGAUCAGACGGGUGUCAAGUUUGCGGAAGACUACAUCAAGCUGGUGGUUGGAGAGCAGAGCGGAGCGGUUGUGACGCCCAACCAGCGACUCUUUUCCGUCGGUGACGUCGUUUGUUUCUCAUCGCCCCUGCUGAGCAGUGAGCUGCGAUGGAGCAGUUCGGACGAAUCGUUGGUGAACAUCGAUCCCAAAACCGGCGUUGCACGAGUGAUCGGCUCACGCGGUGGUUCUGGUGCGACUGGUGAGGUGCUGAUCAGUCAUGGUGAUCGUCGUGCUGGUGGAAUAGCGUUUAGCAUCGAGGUGCUGGAAGCGGAUCGGAUCGAGUUUUUCAAAAGCUACGACAUACUCAAUGGUCACUCGUACCGCGGGCAUUUGGUGAUCAAAAAUCAUCAACAGCACGACAAGCUGGUUAACGUUAUUGCACUGAAUGCUUCUAGUUGCCGCGAGCAGAUCGAGCGCUCAUUUAGCGGACUGUUCGAGUGCGAGUUGCUAGUGAAGGUGGGAACGGUCGAGCUGCUGAAGCACUUCAAAACGUACCCGAGCUACGAUACCACGAUCGGUGCGUACAGCUGCAACAUCGAUCUGCUGACGACGAUCGAUGAUGUGACGAACGAGAUCAAGGCGAACGAGUACAGCCUCGUGCUGGAAGUGCGUUUGGCGGGCUCGUCCGGACUCGUAGACACCUCUACGCUGAUGGUUGUCCCUGCGGUCCGCAUCGAACCGGAAGCAUUCUCGGUGGAGCAAAUUGGCAAACAAAUGCUCACUGUCACGGGGCUUGAUAGAUUACUGCAGAAGGUGGAAGUAAAGUCAUCGAAACCCGACGUACUUGCUGUGAAGCUGCAUCAGAAACAGGCUGGCAUGAACGAGUACCAGCUGGAACUGCUCUCUUCGUAUCGCGACGAGUGGGCCGACAGUUUGUCGGUAGCGGUACUUUCUCCGCUCACACAGCAAACCGUUGAGGUUCCGAUACUGUCACCGUUGGCUCCGCGAAAGUGUGCCACGCAACCGUUCAGCAGUACGCCGGAUCUGCUGUUGCACUACAUGAGCAACAUUGGGCUGGUCAUAUCCACCGUCGUCGUGAUAGCGGCGACCGUUUGGGUAAUCGUAUUUUGCUCUCCACCGCGGCAGAGAGCCUCCAACCCACCGGAUGCCAGUGGGCUAUCGCCAUUUAAAAAUGGACCCAAUUUAUCAUCCUACGAUAAUAGGGUAAGCAGCGGUCCAUUUGCUAGUCCAUUAGAGACACGCAGCCACGUUCUGCACUCAUCGUCGCCGUUCUCCGGUAGCCCCGGGCACAGCUUUGGCGGAUCUCAAGGCAAUCUAAGUCACGACUUUAGCACCAGCGGAACUUCCCUCGGGUCACCGAUCUACGGUGAUGCAACGAUAAUAUCGCCGCAGAAGCGAGUUAAUCGACGCUACUUGUAAAUACCUCAGCGUGUGCGUAGUAGAAAUGUGACAACGAAUUCCAGCGAAGCGGGAAAUGAAAGAUGAAACGAAACGUCGUAGACCAUCGCUGCAUUUCGUUGGCGAUAAAUUUCAAUUCAGCCCUCGUUUGGGCCCGCGCAUAUUUUCUUGUUUGUUGAACUUUUCUUUAUAUGCGUACGCCGCAUUAAGUACUUUCUCCGAGACGAGUCGCCAUGUGAUCAAAUGAAGAGGAAACACAUAAACUGCUUGCUACUUACUACUUGCUUGCUACUAUUUCACAACUUUUCUCCAUGUUGACGAGAUACUUGUUCUUUUUUUUUUUGUUUACUAUUGCUUUCGCUAAAAUAAUAUAAACGACUUUCGUAACUUCAUUUCGUAGCAUUUCCUAUUAGUUUAUUACUAUUCCAGAACACCUUUAUGCGUUUUGAUUGGAAAGAGUUGUAGUGUGUUUGCCAAAAGAAAUGGUAUUCAGUUUUUGUCUUUAGUGUGGCUGGUUUUCUUAGACAUUAAGUUUGGCAUUUUCACGAACGAUACUUUUAGUUUUACUACUUAUACUCUGCGGCCAGCAUGUUGGCACUUCAUCGACUUUGACACAUUCUAUCUUCCGUGAGAGCGAAAAGGCGGGCUCAGUGGUGUUCUGUGGUGUACGACGAGGCAGCUCCGUGAACUU